AUGACGCAGGCGUCAAAGAUUGAGCAGCUCGAGAAGGACCUAGAGGCGUACAAGCAGAAAGCCGACGAUGCUGAGACAGCGCUCAAAAAAGCUCAAGAGGAGCUUGGCAAGGCUAAGACGGAACUGGACUCUCUCAAGGGGGUCUCCCAAGAAAACACCGACCUCAAGGCUAAGGUCAAAGAGCUGGAGGAAGCGGCUGCCCAGGCGCAGCUGAACUUUGAGGCAACCCUGGAGGCGGAACAAGAGCGCCUGGUUGCCGAGAGUGAGGUUGAUAACGAUGCCCGGAUGAAGAUUGCCUUGAAUGCCUUGUAUCCAAACAAGGAGUAUAGCUCACAAAUAUGCUGA